CUUUACAUCGACAUCAGAGUCCGACAACAGCUAACUAAAGCGCAGUUGUCAAUGUUUUUCAACCUCAUAAUAAACAGGUUAUGAUUUCCUGCUAGUGUUUUGAAACGAAAGUUUCAAGUUCACCGACAUCGAUGUGAAAAAUCUGAAAGUGACAGGAUUAAAAGACAAUGGCAGGCACAAGUGAACAGCACCCUCUGAGCAACGGGCUGGAGAACGUCCUGCAGGGUUUAAUCCCUGGCCUGGCCACAAUGGACGAUCCUGUCCUCCCUCAAAGUGGGCGGGGCCAGGAGGGGGUGAUCAUCGAAAUGCCGUUUGUGAACGCCGACCAGGAGAAUAGUAAUGAACCACGGAAUCCCAAUGAGGCGGGGCUGGGACAGGGUGGUAUCGGAGUCGGGGACGACGGUGACCGGCCAGAAGGGGGCGGGGCUGAGGGUCACUUCAGAGCUAUCAGGCCACUUCUGGAACGGACUCUGCCCUUCAUCAUCAUCUUACUGGUCAAGAUUUUAUAUGACCACAGACUAGGUGCAUUGGUACUCAUCGGAAUGGGAGGAGCUUUCUUUCAUUUCAACGGCAAAGUGAAGGAACAGAUCGCCCAAAGGGACCGACGAAGCUUCAAGUCUUUGUUAGUUAUGAUUGUUCUGCUCCCUGCCAAUGUUGCGUUAGUGUUCUAUGUCUUUGCCGAGCAACAGCUGCCCAAAAGUUUAAUCUUUAUAAAACCAAACUUUGAAAAACUGGACUUCUGGACGCUUCUUUGGAUCAUCGGCAUCACAGACUUUGUCAUCAAAUAUAUCACCAUGACAACCAAAUGUUGGAUUAUCCUCCUGCCAAGAUGCUGUCUCAGCUUAAAACGAAGGGGUCGAGUGUUCCUGUGUGUUGAGAGUACAUCUCAGCUUUAUCGAUUCCUUACACCUGUCCCUAUAUGGAUGGCCUUCCUGUCGGAGGAUAGCAGUGCACAUUGGUUGUUCAGCUACGCGUUGACGUUCAUUUAUAUCAUGGUUAAGGCAUACAUGACGUAUUCAAAAGUACGCGAAUGCUACGCAACAAUGAAAAAUGUCUUCAAAGAUUCGCUUUACGGCAGUCGGCCAUCCAUGGAUCAGAUGAACAAUGUCGGAGAGGCAUGCCCCAUAUGCCAAGAUAGUUACACCAAUCCUGUUGAGCUGCACUGCAAGCACAUUUUCUGUGAGGAGUGUGUGGCCAUGUGGUUUGACAGAGAGAAGACGUGCCCCAUGUGUCGAGCCAAAGUGUCGGACAGUCCUUGGUGGAGAGAUGGCUCUACGUCUAUCAUCAUCCAGUGGUUCUAAGAUAAAGUAUGUAGCUCUGUUCUAUUCAAUGAUUGAAAAGUCAAAGUGCGUUAAAGGCACUAGACACCUUUGGUAAUUUGUCAAAGGCCAGUAUUCUCAUUUGGUGUAUCCCAAUAUGCAUAACCUAACACAUCUUUGGCUGAAUUGGUCAUCGAAGAUGCAAGAGAAAAAUGAUCCAAGAUGCAAGAGAAUAAUGAAAGAAAAACACCCUU